AUGCACAGUGAGGCAUGCAUUGGCCAGAAGAAGUCCGUCUACGAAGGAACCAAUGCAGUGCCCAGGUCCGGAGAUCCUGGUCGUGUCCUCCACUUGGGCCUCACGGACGGGGAGCUGGCCAACCGAGUGAUCGUGGUGGGGCACCACACGCGAGCGGAUUUGCUGAGCGGAUUCUUGGAAGCUGAGGACUCGGGCUCUGUCUUCAAGCUCGCUUCAGACCGCGGCUUCUUAACCUACACGGGCCAGUUCGCCGGAGAAAGGCUCUCGGUGGUGUCCAUUGGAAUGGGUUUGGCGAUGAUGGACUUUUUUCUCCGCGAAGCGCGAGCAGUGGUGAAGGGUCCCAUGGCUGUGGUGCGCCUGGGCACCUGUGGAUGCCUUCAGGAACAUGUGAAGGUGGGCAAUGUCAGUGUGGCAGAUGGAUCUGCACUGGUUCAAAGGAACUACAGCGGCUUGACUGUGCAGUCACUUCGACAGCCAAAGCCCAGCACAUGCACCUUGGCCCAGCUCAUGCGGCAUGGGAGUGGUGUGUUUUUCUUCCUGGGACGGCGCUACGCAAAUAUCCAUGGACUACUGCCACAUGUUUGA